AUGCCGAAUGCUACGAAAUGUCAACUUUGCGAAACAAGACGGCCUUCCAUUUGUGAACAAUGCCUGUGUAGAGAUCUGACGAGUUUUUUCAAAUUCAAGGAUCAGAAUCAAAAAGAAGUUUUUUCCCACGUAGAACAUAUACGACAACAUCAAGGGAAACAUGUUUUGUUUCGAAAAUGCGUUUCUGAAAAAGAAGUGCUAUUGCAUAAAUUGGAAAGGUUAUGCCAUAUCCGAAACGAUAAGCUGUCUGUUCUGUCCACCCUUCAAGAAAAGAUCCAUACUAUGAAACAGGAGACCCAAGGGAGGCGAGAGUCAUUAGAGCUCAAAAGCAAAAACCUCAACGACUGCUCCAUACACAACCGUGAUUUGUGUGCCGAGAGAUAUAUAUAUUCUCUUCAGCAUUCCGAGACUCUGCAAGUUAAGCUUGCUGAACUUCAGCAAUCACUCAUUCGAAAGGUUCUCGACAUGUACCAGCUUCAUUGGCGCAGGGACGUUCGUUUGUUGUCUAUGGACAAUGGACGCAAACAUUUUUCAGAGAACGAAGGCGGUACUGAUUCCAUUGACGCUAGUUUAGCAUAUCAACUCUCCAAGCUGACAAUGAGUGUAUCGGGAUCUGGGUCUGGUUAUGAGGAAAACGUACAGCGCAGAAACCAAGCAUUCUUAGAACAAGCCACCCAAUUGAAUGAUUCUGUUACGAUUUCCGGAGUCGAUGUAUGUACAAAGAACAAAGAAAAAGUGUUCUUAAACCCGGAAUCUGCUUUAACUUUAUCAUUCAUCUGUAUUUUUUUAGCCCAGUACUUGAACGUCACCCUUCCUUGCCCUAUUCAAUUACCCUCGCCGGAUCAAAAAGCACUCCCAGUUUACUCCAAUGACCAGAUGCUAUACAUCAUGUAUAACAUUGGAUGGCUUGCAUCAAUUACGGGCACAUUCAUCAUUCCUAAAGGAAUGUCUCAAUUACAACAAAUGGAACUUCUUCAGUGUACAGGAUUUUGGCUUGUUCAAUUACAAUCUAAAUCCAUACAAGUCAAAAGUCUUGCUUGCUGUCCUCAGUUAGAAAUGGAUUUUGUUACGUUUUAUCGUUUAUCGUGUGCUCAUAAUCCAUAUGCUUUUAGUUACGGCCAAACGAGAUCGAAAUCCUCGAAAGCAUUCCAACUAAUCUCAUGA